CCGACACAACCUUGACGCCCUGAGGACUGGUAUCUGCAAACCCCACUGGACGGAGAUCAGGGCUGGGAUCUGCAACCCCAGUGGACAGAGAUCAACCUACCCCGAAGGCGAGCUUUUUCAUGGAAGGCACCUGCUGCAGACGCUGGAAGUGAAUUAAAGGGGUGCACUUGUUCCCGAGCUUAUGUUUUAUAAUCCUAGAAGUAAGGGGAGAAACUUUUGAAAAGGGUGUGUGGUUGAGAUCUGAAACGUGAGUUUAACAGAUAUCUUUAAUUUUUUUUAUAUAUGAGUAUAGCUGACACACAGUGACAAUGGUAUCUUAUUACCUCUUAUUAUCACAAAUCUAUGAGAUUUAGACCAUUGCACUCUUAUUUUGAGAGCCCAACAACAGCUCCACACACACUAUUUCACCUAGAAUUCAAAGCAACAGUUGCCCUCCCUCCUGGAAGACUGGCCAGAAGCGAUGGAUGUAACUCUGAAAGGAACCCUGCUAGCAGGAGAACCCCUGGUAGCUCGAGAAAAGUUGUAAUUGCCAGUCUCCUGCAGGCUAUUUUUAGGUCAGUGGACAAAUAUAAAAAGUACUGCAGGGUGCUCAUUAAAGUAAAACAACUGCAGACCCCUUCCCUGCAAUCUACUGCCUUAUUGACCUCCCCCCCCACCCCCGCUUUUUCUUUACAGUCCCUAUUGAGAUACAAGGAAGGCAGAGCCCGGGAACAUUGCUUCCUCCUACAGAUUAGGCUUUUCUAAAAAGUCUGAGCAUCUUGUUAUAUUCAGAUAGACGACCAUCAUCCGUCAUGGCUAGCGUCAUUGCACCAGUGGGUAACAUGUGGCAAAACACACCCUUGCCACCUUGGGCCCCUUCAAUUUUGAGGUCCCUGGGGAGGAGUCUUGGUCCUUUAAAGGUCCACAUGGCAGAAAGAAAUGUGAAGUUGUUCUUCGGGAGAGUGGUGCCAGCCCAAGGGAAAGAAACCUUCGAAAACUGGCUGAUCCAAAUCAAUGGGGUCCUGCCUGAUUGGAAUAUGUCUGAGGAGGAAAAGCUCAAACGCUUAUUGAAAACACUUAGGGGUCCAUCCCGGGAGGUAAUGCAUUUGCUCCAGGCCACCAACCCCAAUCUAAGUGUGGCUGAUUUCGUGUGGGCGAUGAAACUGGUGUUUGGGGAGUCUGAAAGCAGUGUCACCACUCAUGGUAAAUUUUUUAACACUCUGCACGCACAAGGGGAGAAAGCGUUCCUUUAUGUGAUCUGUUUGGAAGUGCAGCUCCAGAAUGCUGUUCAGGCAGGGAUAGCUCAGAAAGAUGCCAACCAGACUCGCCUGCAGCAGCUCCUUUUAGGAUCUGAGCUAAAUAGGGACCUGCACUUUAGGCUAAAACAUAUUCUCAGGAUAUAUGCAAAUGAUCAGGAUCAUCUUCCUAGUUUCUUGGAGUUAAUCAAGAUGAUAAGGGAGGAAGAGGAUUAGAAUGACACAUUUAUGAAACCAAAGCGACCCAGGAGGUCUGAGGUAAUCUUGGAGAGGGCAGCAAGCCCUGUAGUAUUUCAGGGCCCCCAGCCAAUAGCAAUCAGCAGCGACUUCAACGUAAUAGAGGUAGAUGAUACCCUUGAUGACUCAGAUGAGGAUGUUAUCCUGGUGGAGUCUCAGGACCCUCUACUUACAUCCCUGGAAGCCCCACCCCUCAGAAGGGCCAGACCUCUUGAUCCAAUACUGGUCAUUGAUUGCACCAACAGUUCCCGGGCUCAAUCUCCUUACACCAGUGGGGGUUCUGGGUAUAAGAAUAAUGGUCCUGGGGAUGUGUGUAGAGCCAGGAAGUGAAAAUACACAAUCUUCUGUUCAUAUUGUGGUGAGGAGGGCUACUCAACGGAAACCUGUAACAGUGAGAGCAACAAGGCCCAGAUGAUUGAGAAUCUCGUCAUCACCCUGCUGGAGCUGACACAUACAGAGAAGGAGAAGUCAAAAGAGGUUCCUGGCAAACACAAUGACCUCUUUGGGCCUUUAGUAAGGUAUUAGAAUGAGCCCUACGUGAACCGUCAACUGUAUUCAUGUGGGGAAAACAGCGGGGUGGGGAGAAGUAGACUUCUGUCUGCAUUAAUUAAUCCACAAAGUGGUUUUAUUUUGGGCAGAAAAGGUCUUAGAUGCCACCAAAAUGGAGGUGAUGGCCUCAACCCUGUCCCUGCUCCCUCCUCUGUCUGCCUAAGGAUCUAUUCUGUGUGUGUGUCCAUUUCCUUGAUGACUAUUCUUUUAAUGAAAGGAGUAUAACUCUGUUAAACCUUCACAAAAUGAAGGAAAAUACAAAUUACUGGAAAAUCUCCAUCCUUUUAUAAACAUUGUCAGCCCUUUGAAGAGUGUCCUUCUGGAUACUUCUCUGUAAUUGUGUACCCAGAUAGAUAUAUGUAUAGAUAAGUGAUCAAAUAUAAGUGCUCUUCUAAACUGUAUAUUUUUCACCAAACAAUAUAUGUUGUGGAGUUCUGUGUCAAUGAAUAUAUAUAAGCAUC